AUCUGUGCUCUUUGCCAAUUAUGCUGGAGCUGAUUCAGCUAUGGCUGAACAUGUUGAAGGCAAAAAAGAGAAGAAGAAGAAGGGUUCAUCAUUUCAGACAGUGUCUGCUCUUCAUAGGGAGAACCUGAACAAGCUGAUGACCAACUUGAGGUCUACUCACCCUCACUUUGUGCGCUGCAUCAUCCCCAAUGAGACCAAGACUCCUGGGGCCAUGGAGAACCCUCUGGUGAUGCACCAGCUGCGCUGUAACGGUGUGCUGGAAGGCAUCAGGAUCUGCAGAAAGGGCUUCCCCAACAGGAUUCUCUAUGGAGAUUUCAAACAAAGAUAUCGCAUCCUAAAUCCUGCUGCCAUCCCUGAAGGUCAGUUCAUUGACAGCCGGAAGGGAGCUGAGAAACUUCUCGGGUCUCUGGAUAUUGAUCACAAUCAGUACAAGUUUGGACACACUAAGGUGUUCUUCAAGGCUGGUUUGCUGGGUCUGCUUGAGGAGAUGAGAGACGAGCGUCUCUCCAAAAUCAUCACUGCUAUUCAAGCCAGGUCCCGUGGUCUUCUGUCUCGUAUUGAGUAUCAGAAGAUGGUGGAACGCAGAGAGGCAUUAUUGGUGAUCCAAUGGAAUGUCCGUUCAUUCAUGGGGGUCAAGAAUUGGCCCUGGAUGAAGCUGUACUUUAAGAUCAAACCUCUGUUGAGAUCUGCUGAGGCAGAAAAGGAGAUGGCCAACAUGAAGGAAGAAUUCCUGAAGCUGAAAGAGGCUUAUGCCAAAUCAGAAGCUCGGAGGAAGGAACUAGAGGAGAAAAUGGUUUCUCUUCUUCAAGAGAAGAAUGACCUGCAGCUCCAAGUUCAAGCGGAGCAAGAUAACCUCUGUGAUGCUGAGGAAAGAUGUGAGGGGCUGAUCAAAAACAAAAUUCAACUGGAGGCAAAAGCCAAAGAGCUGACAGAAAGACUGGAGGAUGAGGAGGAGAUGAAUGCUGAACUGACUGCUAAGAAGAGGAAGCUGGAGGA